AUGCGUGACAAUGCCGGCGUCGAGCAACGCAGGACACCCAGUGGUAGCUCAGUUGCAGCUUGCGUAGAGAGCUUGGACACAGCGGAGCUAUUGCUGCGCUCGGCUGGUGUCCCACAAGGAGGUCGGCUGGAAGGUCAAGGCCUGGCUGAGCAGGUCGCCCAAGGAGCUGCUUGUGCGGCGGGACCAAGCGCCUCGCUCUUGGACCUUCCGCACCGCGUACCGAAAGAACUGCAAGCUGGGGAGCCCAUGCUCAAAGUCACAUCAAAGAAGGUUAUGCAAAGGAACUUCCGAUUGGACGCUGAUCGAGGGCAGAUUCUAUGGGACAGCAAGAAGCAAAACAAGGGCGAGUUUUUCUGCCGAGCAUUCUUGAGAUCGACUGACCCUUACACAUCUUCCAUCACAGUCAAUCUGGAGAGCAUAUGUGAAGUCAGGUGGGCAUCUGCGGCAGCGGCAUACCGAUCAUCUUUGUCUAUCUCUCCCUCGCAUGAGCCGCGCUGGGUAUCGAUCAUCUAUCAGCGCUCUGGCGAAUAUAAGGCGCUCCAUCUCAUUGCCCUUUCCGAUGAAUCUCUUGCUCGAUGGAAGACUGGAUUGGAAGUUCUGCAGAGUGCACGGUGCGCUCUUCUUGGUCUGGACACGCUGGGCGAUGGCAGCGGCUCCCAGGGCAAGGAAAGCGUUUGGCUACGGCAGCAGUGGAAAGAUGCGGACAGCCAGACGCAAGACGAGAAACUCGAUUUGAACGAAAUCUUCAAACUCUGCAAGCGUUUGGGCAUCCAAAGCAGCCGAGCGGACCUACAACGGAGAUUUCAAGGCGCAGACCAACAGAAGAAGGGCUACUUGGAUUUUGCGGCAUUUCAACACUUUGUCAAGCUCCUGAAGAGACGUUCCGAGCUUGAGCUUCUGUUUAACUGCUAUUCUCAAUCUCACUUGGUGACCUGCGAAACUGGGCAGACAUGCCAGACCAAGGAUACCAGCCACCCUAUGACUCGCGAAGCAUUUCGGAGGUUCUUGCAGGACGAGCAGAGGGUAAGUGACUUAUCUGCCCACAAAAGUCUACGUCGUGUUGUUCUGGAUGAGGGUCAGCUAGAUAGGCUCUACGAUCGACACGCCGACCUUGAGUCGAGCCUUCUAACGCUGGAGGGAUUCUCAAAUUUUUUGUUGUCCGCGGACAACUCGGCCAUCCUCGACACAACGCGCAAUUCUUAUCAGGACAUGGAGCGCCCCCUAUACGACUACUACAUCAGCUCGAGUCACAACACUUAUCUCGUCGGUGGGCAGUGGAAAGGGGACAGUACUGUCGAAGGCUAUGUCCGCGCACUACAGCAAGGCGCGCGCUCCGUCGAGCUCGAUUGCUGGGAUGGGUCCAACAACACUCCGCAGAUUACCCACGGGCGUACUCUAACAGGCAAGGUGGCGUUCGCAGACGUCAUUGCUGCGAUUGAGAAGUACGCAUUUGCCAAAUCGCCUUACCCGCUUAUCCUCUCCAUGGAAAUACACAACGACAUUGCUCAACAAGACGUCAUGGCUCAAAUCCUUCGGGAGACGCUCAAGGACAAGUUGUUGACGGAGAGGCUUGCAACUUGCAAGAACCCUGACGGCCUGCCAAGCCCCGAAGAGCUCAAGGGAAAAGUCCUCAUCAAGGCGAAGAACUUAAUCGUGGCCGAGGCAGAGCGCGCAAGAGCAGAGGCAGCUGGUGAAUCAAAGGCAGAAGCUUGGCACGCUCCUUCGGAAGACUAUUCUGCAUCAGACGACACGACUGGAUCUGAUGACGGGCUUGCAUUGAACUUGCGCGAGCGUGCUUCCCCCUUCGGCAGCCACUUUUCUUCACGUCAUCCAGAGGAACGUCAACCGAGGAAAGUGCUCAUGUCGACUGCUUUGGCAUCGCUGCUUAUCUAUACCGUGGGUGUCAAAAGCCGAGGUAUCAACAAAAAGGAGGUCUAUGCUCCCGAGCACAUGAUAUCCUUCUCGGAAAGGACAGCAUUUAAAUAUGUGCGCUCUGCGCCAGACGACCUCAUCAAACACAAUCGGUCGCACCUGAGCCGGAUCUACCCAAGCAUGUCGAGCAUCGCUCGAUUGCAUCAAAGCGCCAACUUUCUCCCGCACCAUCUUUGGGCGAUCGGCUGCCAACUGGUUGCGCUCAAUUGGCAGACGGCAGACCUGGGCAUGGAACUGAAUCAAGCCAUGUUCAUCCGCAACGGCCGGUGCGGCUACGUUCUCAAACCUGAAGGCCUGCGCGAAAAAGAGUUGGUCAAGAGCAAAGGGCAGCGGAUCCGCCUGGCUGUCGACUUAGAUAUCAUCUCGGCGCAGCAACUGCCGCGUUCGCGCGACGCGACGCGGGAUGCUACCAAGGAGAAAGACAAAGAUGAAGAGGCAGACAUCAUCAGUCCGUCUGUUUCCGUCACGCUUCUUGCACCGCAGAGCUGGGGCCCUCAGCCAGCCACGCGGACCCCAGCCACAUCGCGAAUGAGCGAACUCGUGGAAUCUGUCACCGCACGUCUCCAAACAGACGUGGUGCGCAAUAAUGGCUUUAAUCCGAUUUGGAACGCUAAGCUAAGCGUGCCGAUCGAAGUACCAGCCGAAACGUCUCAUCAAAGUCAGAGUCAGAGUCAAGGCAACAGCGGAACGAAUGCGAACGCGCCUGCGAUCGCCAGCUACACUGCGUGCGUGGGCGCGCUGCAGGAAGGUUAUAGGCAUCUGCCACUCUACGACUGCCACCUCACGCAGCACCUCUUCUCCACGCUCUUCGUCCGGAUCCGGUUCAGACUUGUCGGCGUUCGCGGGCCGGAACAAGAAGCGCAGAAGUGA